AUUCGACCCAUUAACCUAACAUGAAUUGUCAUCAUCAAGAAAGGCAAUAAACGUGAUGGAAGACGGGCUUUGUACAAGAAUACCAUGAACAUAUACACCUGAGUGAGGAUAAUGGAAUAGGAACAAUGAUAUGUAAGCCUUAGAGUCACAAAUACAUUGUUUUCAAUGAAGUGAAGCACGAUAGGGCUUUGGGAGCAGCACUGGCGAAAAUAGGGAAUUCCGGCAUUACUGCUGGCGAGUUAGAUGGCAACAAAACAUCUGCUUUGAUCCAAUUCGGCUCCAUCCUUGUUUCCUUACCGGAAGAAUCCCUGCAACUUACGCAAUCUGUGCCCAAGAACGCUCUAUCAAUAGGAAGGGUAUGCAAUGAAGGAGACGGCCAGAUCCAAACUCGGACUGCGACAUCUCUAUCUAAGAUGAAUGAGAACAUCCGAGAUCCACCAAUAUGGUGGGGCCUCAGCUCUGGCGAAAACAAGGCCUCGACUCCAAAGCUCACAGAUGGCGCUGGUCGACGACAAGGUAAACUCAAGGCUGGUUACGGUGGGCGAGCGAACAGACAAGACUUCUACCUCAGGGUUGGCACUGGUUCACGGUGGACUGCGACCAGACCUGCAACGAGACACCGGCUGCUGCGAGACCGUCAUUUCUUCCAUGCCGCCGAGUGAUGGUCCAAAAUCCAGAUGACGCCAGUCAACAAAGCAAGAUACGAGUGUUUUUUCAAGCGUGGACUGAUCAGAAAUGAGACUCAACCCAACCCCAAGUCUAACAAUUUGAUUCAUCAACGCAGGCAAGUAUCUACUAGCAGUUUCAUUCCUCGCUCAAAUGGGUUUGAAAUUGCAAUUGAAAGAAAAUCCUUUGCUUUCAAUAUUAUUAACUGCAAUUCCAUUCGGAUUGAUGAAAUCAAACGCAGAACUUUGUCUGCUAUUGAUUUUGAUUUGGAACGACUUUCUUGGUUGAAAGAAUUCAUUCCCAAGAUUUGGUGUAAUUGGUCUUGUCCUAGGGUUGAGCUGAAUGAUUUUUUGAUACUAUAUGAUGCUAAUUUCUAUGGAAGUUAUAUAUGCAUCAUUAAAAAGGGAGGUGGUUCUCUGUUUAUACCGGAAGGACGAAACGGAUUGGGGAUCAAAAAAUUCCUAUUUUGGAUUUCAAAAGCAAUUAACUUGAUGAGGGAAUUGACAACCAAACAACAAAUUUUGGUGAUUCAACAAUUUGCAGAUACCGUUGACUCCAAGCUUGAGAUUGAUCUUUUUACUCAUUGGUUGGAAGGGAAUCACUUUCAUCGAAAUGAAUCUUCUAUUUCGGGAUCAUUAUUGCAAGUUGAUAUUGAGCUUAGUACUUCAUUUGAGAAAUCUCCAAUGAUGCCAAGUACAAUAUGCCUUUUGAGACCAUAUACACUUUAUGGGAACCAUACAUGGAUAAGGUUUUAUAAAAUCAUAAAAACGGGGGUGGGGGUGGGGUUGGAAUACAUUGAUAACACUUUAAUCUCCAAUGAGAAAUCUUACCAAGGACAACUGUAGCUUCGUUGAUUUACCGGAAAUUGGUUCCCUUAAAUAUUUUAUCCAGACUACUAUGACUAGCAGGGUGGAAUCACUUUCCCGAUUUUUACUAAAAGAAUUUGAAAGAAUGCUCACCUCUUUUUUGGAUAAUCGAGGUGCUAGAUUUGCUGAUAAUGAGAAAGCUAUUAAUAGUUUGAAGGUCACUUUCUCGGGAGAUGCUUUCACAAGUAAAGAAUGUUAUGACUAUGAGGGUGUAUUUGCAGAGAAGAUAUUAUCAUACUCAGAAGAUGAUUUUAUGGGCCAUGCCUCGGAGAACGAGAAGAGAACUCCCAUUUCAGCAAUUGAGGAUUUAUGGGACUCAGACACAAAUCAGAACAUUUGCAACAAAGCUCGGUUUGUCACGAAGGAUAAUUGUCUCCCACCCAAAAUCUCAACACUCAAAUGAAAAUAUACAGAAAAAAGCAUCAACGAUCACAUCCCAUGAGAAUGAGGUCUCAAUCAUAUGUGGAGUUACAUUGACAACUCUAGGAAGGGCGUUUUUUACUUGUUCUUAGGGCUUUAGUCUAUCUUUUUCAGCUUUUCUCUUUUUCUAUGUAUUUUAUAGGUUUUUCCUUUUCACAUUGUACUCUUCUUUGCUCGUUUUUUAAUAAAGCUUCCUUUAUUUGCAAAAAAAAAAGAUAUGUAAGCCUUAGAAUUGAUAAACUUGAGUAUGAAGAAAAGCUUUUACGCAUGA